AUGGAGCGGCCGCAUAGCCUUGCUGCCAGCAGCUGCAUGAGAGAAGUAGGCACAGCUAGUUUCUUACGUCUGGGUUCCAUAUUAGAUAAAUCUAGGUGUCAAGCUGUAAUCUUACCUGCACUAUCAGUUGCACCCAUCGGUACUUGUACCACACUUUCCAAGAUGGAGAUUAUCCAGAAAGCCCUUUUCUUGCUUCCAUUCUUUUCUGUGUCUUUGCACGCGGAGACAGACAUUACAGAAGGGCUAAUCGUAUCACAACUCAACUUUCCUCCAAUGUUUAAGCCUCCGCAGACCUUUCAGAAUAUAAACUUGAUGCGCCUCAUCAAUCUUGAGAAAGCAUAUCCGCAAGAAUCAAUUAACGUUGUGAUAAAAAAUGUAGCACAGACAGCUCAAGACGAAUACUUUAUUCCUUUGACAGCUCGGCAAAAGGAAACAAUUGGUACCAUAGAGGUGAAGGACAAGAACAAUCCUGAUCAGCAUUCUUUCAAGGUGCAAUUUGUGAAGGUUGAAUCCAACAGCGACACUUGGUAUUACCGCGUUCGUCUCCCAAAACCAUUGACACCGGAAUCGCAGCUUACAAUCGGGAUAACUUUCUCAUAUCUAUCGGCACUAAACCCCAAACCGGCUACCAUUCCUCAAGGGGGUAGUCAAUUUCUCAUUUACAAUUUCUGUGCCCAUGCUUUGACAGCAUACCCAACUCUAACACAGCAAACGGAUAUAAAAUUUCCUAACUCUAAUGUCGCCGAAUAUACUACCAUAUUGAACGAAAAAGGAGAAAGUCAAUUUCCAGUCAUAGCUGGAUCAAGAUAUACCUAUGGACCGUUCACAAAGGUUCCGCCAGGAGUAUUUGAGCCCAUUACAGUUCGUUAUCAGUCUAUAAAGCCCCUAAUACACGUCCUCAAGCUAGAAAGAGAUGUGGAAAUAAGCCAUUGGGGAGGAAAUGCAGCUUUUGAAGAGCGUUAUACGCUCACUAAUAGAGCUGCGAAUCUAUCAAAACCAUUUAGCCGGGUUGAGUGGGCAUCGUCGAAUUAUUACAAUCCACCCACAACUGCGAUUAAAGAGCUUACGUUCCCUCUAAAAGUAGGAAGUUUAACGCCAUACUACAUCGAUGUAAUAGGGAAUGUUUCGACCUCCCGUUUUCGUACCAGUAGCCAUGAAGCUAGUCUAGAGGUUAAACCCCGCUAUCCAAUUUUUGGAGGAUGGAAUUAUCCAUUCCGCAUAGGAUGGGACGCGAAUGUAAAGAAAUUCCUACGGAAACUGCCUGGCAACGCCCAGUAUAUCCUUAACGUACCAUUUCUGGAGGGACCAACACAAGCCGAAGGAGUUGAGUAUAAACUAGUUGAGCUGAGAAUAAUUCUCCCAGAAGGAGCUAAGAAUUUGAGGUUCAGCACCAGCGUACCUCUUAUAUCCGCUGAGAUUUCUACCCACAAAACUUACAUGGAUACGAUAGGCCGAACUACACUUACACUCAAUGCCAUUAAUUUGUUCGAUAGCUUGCGGGAUCGCGAGCUAGUUGUUACUUAUGAAUACCUCUCAUCGGCAAUGCUUCGAAAACCCCUAGUAAUAUUUAGUGCGUUCCUCGGUCUAUUCACGACGACUUGGGUAGUAGGGAGCUUUGAUAUGAGUAUUCAAGCGAAGUCAUUAUAA